CAGGGCAGCAAUGUCCGGUACGUUCACCCCUUCGCCUGCCGAGCUCGCGCUCGUGCAGAAGAUAUUCGCGCACCCGGAUGCGCAGAAACUCGGCGCAUUAACUGGCGAGAUUGCGGUCAACAUAUUCAGCGGCUCGAAGCUUCCACCCGCGGUUCUAGGCGAAAUAUGGUCCCUAGCUGAUAGGGAGAACAAUGGUUGGCUAUCGAAGAAGGGGGCUGCUAUUGCUGUCAGACUUAUGGGCUGGGCGCAGAAGGGAGAGACGGUCAGGGAGGACUUGAUAUACAAGCCUGGUCCCCUUCCUACCAUAGAAGGGGUAUCAGACCUGGUUCCACAAGCUACAGGAGGCUCUGUAAAGCCCCCUACCGCCGGGCUACCUCCCUUGACGCCUCAAGAUAAGGCCAAGUUCAUGAGGUUGUUCGUUGGCGCAGGCCCAGUUAAUGGUAUUCUCAGCGGUGACAAGGCGAGAGAUAUUCUUGUAAAAUCCAAGUUACCCGUAGACAAGCUAUCACAAAUAUGGUCCCUCGCGGAUACCCAGAACCGUGGAGCUCUUGAUUCAACGGAUUUCACCAUUGCUAUGUACUUAGUGCAAGCCUGCAUGUCAGGCCAACUCUCCUUUAUUCCGACGUCCCUGCCACCGGGCCUCUAUGAGCAAGCAGGGGGCCGUCCACUUGAUGGUGUCGCGACGCACAGUACCGGUGGAAGCGCCGGUUCUUUCAGUCCUAGUCUAACAGGCUCCUUCCCUGGACGUCCUUCUGCAGCCCCUACGCCUCUGAGGACUCAAGACACUGGCAUUCGACCUCAGAUGACAGGCUCGGGGCUCAGGCCGUCCACAGGUGGGCCACCACUUCCCUCUCGUCCCUCGGCUGCCGCUUUGGGAGGUAGUGCUUUCGGAACCGCAGUCCAAUCGCAUGGAACUGGUCAAGCGCCUCAGCCUCCUUGGGACGUCACCGCAUCUGAGAAGGCAACUUCGGAUGCAUUCUUUGACACACUUGAUACGGACAGGAAAGGCUACAUUGAGGGAGACGUCGCAGUCCCAUUUAUGCUGCAGUCUCAGCUACCGGAGGAUGUAUUGGCCCAAGUUUGGGACCUGGCUGAUAUCAAUAAUGACGGCCGACUUACUCGUGAUGGCUUUGCUGUAGCCAUGCAUUUGAUCCAAGGAAAGUUAGCCGGUAAAGAGAUCCCAGCCACUCUUCCGCUGUCAUUGAUUCCGCCUUCAAUGCGCACGAAUGCCUCGCCCUUCGCGAUUCCACCUUCAUCUCCACCGGCCGCGGAGCCCUUGCGGGAUCUGUUAUGGGAUGAUACACCUCCUGCCUCCGCUACGACGCAGACUCCAGCUAUACAAUCUCAGCGGACAGGACCGUUGUCCCCGCAACAUACUGCGGUUGCUACCCCUUCUUACGGGUCUCCUGCCCCAACUGUCCCGCGAGCAGAUCCUUUCGCCUCAGCUGGCAAGGAUCUGCUCAGCGACGAUGAUGAUGCGCCUGCUAAAUCACCGCCUCUAGCUGACAAGUCUGCCGAGAUUGGUAAUCUCCAGAAUCAGCUAAAUUCCACGAACCGUUCCCUUGAGACCACAAAAUCUGAAAGAACAUCUGUAGAGCGAACACUGAAUGAUCAGGCCGCUCAACUCUCCGCGUUGCAGACCCAGCUCUCUUCCGCCAGGGUUGCCUACGAGACCGAGACCAAUCUUUUGUCGUCCUUGCGGGAACGUUAUGCUACUCAGACCGCAGAAAUACAGAAGACCAGGGAGCAACUUAUCCGUGCGGAAAGCGAUCUUAGUGCCUUACGUGUCGAGAAAGUUGAGAUAGAAGGUAAUCUUCUCCGCGACAAGGAGGAAGUGCGGGAGCUCCAUAGGAAGAUGCAUGAAGUUGGAGUUGAAACUGACACUACAAAGGCACUUCUGGAAAAGUUGAAGAAAGAGGCUAAACAACAAAAAGGUUUGCUUGCUAUCGCGAAGAAGCAGUUGGUGACUCGGGAGCACGAGAAGGAAAAGGUCGACAAGGAGGUAGAGGAAGCCAGACAGGAAGUCGAGCAGGCUGUCAAGGAAAGAGAAGAGAUUGAAGCCAAACUUGGGGCAGAGACUGUCGAUGGAACUGUCUCUCCAAAGCCAGCUUCAUCUAUACUUUCUGACGAUACCCUUGCGGCGGCGGUGACUCAGCCGUUACCGGUAUCUCCAGAGGGAGGGACGCCUAUCACAAGCCCAACCGGCAAGAGCAACAACCCCUUUGAUCGUCUUCUCUCUUCUGGUGGGGGAUCUCGUCCACAAUCUCCCUUUUUGCCCUUCACAAAUGCGUCGGUACCUACUCCUCCAACUGCUUCAGCAGUUGCGGAUCCUUUCGGGUUCGAAUCGGAGCAGCCGAAUGAACCGUCCGGCGAGGCUCAAACUCAGGGUCAAGAAAACGUCCAACCAGAAUCACGAUUCCCUGAUAUUCAGCCGUACCCUGUUGCCUCAGCGUCCCCUACAGCACCUUCUGACGACCUCCUGUCGCCCUCUGCUGAGACAGAACAUUGGACCACCCCGCCGCAGAGUGCCACGCUACCGCUGUCAUCUCAGCCUAUCCCGGCUCUGGAACAUAAGGCGGAUGCAGCAGGGGCAGAGCCCGUUAGCCAGGUGCCAUCCUCUGAUGCGAAUGCUGACGAAACGGAUAUGAACACGCAGCUCAAAGAGAUCGAAGUGGAGGACUCCGAUAGUAGUGACGAAGAAGAGCCUCUCAGUAAGAGGCGUGAGUCACUUAUGGAUAAAGGCAAAGAAGCUGUUCAUGGGGCAGUUCAUCCUGUCUCGGAUGGGGUUGGUGCUCAGCCCGCCGCGCCUAGUUUUGACGACGCCUUCGGAUAUAUAGCAAAUACGCCUAGUCCUGUCGCAGCUGUAAGGGCUGCGUCUCCUGUCCCUAGCUCGCCGACCAAGGAUGCCUUCGGUAUGAGCGCGGCUGCUCCUGAUUCUCACCCGCCCGUGUCUUCCGGGCCUAGUGGGAUCAGUGACUUCGACGAAGCACUGGGGAAACUUCCGAUCAAAGGAACGAAUGGGUCGACUGCGCCGUUUAGCUUCGAUGUGGCCUUCGAUGAUAACUUUGAUUUCUCGCAAGCCUCUGCAGAUACUACCCAUCAGGCGACUGAGGCGUCAACGAAUGGAUCUGCGGCGCCCCAGACUGAUUUCAACACAGUAUUCAUGUCUCAGAGUGCUGCCCCUACAGUACCUCUUCAGCCUUCUUCGGCUGCAGUCGGUUCCUCCUCGUUCUCCUUUGAUGACGCGUUUGGCUCUCCUUCAAACGUCGCGCCGACUGUCAAUACGGCUGGUGGCCAGGCCCCCAGCAAUGGCCCCCAGAUUUCCUUCGACGAUGCGUUCGGCGGCGUAGACAGCAAGCAAGCGCUAGCCUUCGACAAGGCGUUCGGCUCCACAUCGUCUAGGGGCUCAACUUCUUCACAGCCGCAGCAGGGCAAAACCGCAUUCUCCUCCUCUUCGCCACCUACCUCGCCUCUGCGAAGCUCGUCGCCUGGUCCCAGUGUCGACAGAAAUACUGCCUCACCUCCCCCUCGCUCUAUGUCCCCACCCAUACGGCACGCUUCACCGAAACCUCGUCCGUCAACCGCUGGCUCCAGUAAGGACUCUCACGAGAAGCAUAAAGAUGGACCCGUCAGGCACUCUCGUCUUAGUAUACGCUUACCCUUCGGGAAGAAGAAAGCGAAACACGACGCUGCUCCUCCUUUGCCGUCACACCUCUCACAAGCGCCUGGGCUCACUCCGCUUGAGGAACCCGAGGGGAAUACCCCCGCCGUGGAUGACGACGUCGAAGCCGUCAAGCAACUGUGCGGGAUGGGUUUCAGUCGUACCCAAGCGGUAGCAGCACUGGAAGAACAUGGAUAUGAUGUCCAGAAGGCAUUGAAUAGUUUAUUGGGCUCACCCUAAGUUGAUUCCAUUAUUCAUCUUGUAUUCUUAUGCUUUGUCCACGUGCGGAAGACUCCUUUAUCCGAUUACCCUCCUUCAUUCAUAUAUCCAUCGUACUCUCUUAGCUAUUCUCUACAUGUUCGCUAAUGAUGCAAAGACCCAACGACUAAGAGAUCGUCUCCCGACUGUGUGUUGUCAAUGUCUUCUCAUGU